UCUUUCUAACACGUGGCCUUACGAGCUCCAAAGCGGCGGCAAUAAGAUCAGUCGGCUAGCCACGUGGCAUCGGAAUAUAAAUAUAAAUGAGGGGCAAAAUAGUAAAAGAAAAAAAUAGCUCUUUUUGCAGGCCGAGUGCGAGUGGAAGCGGAGCCGAGAGAGAUUUCGACGGGAGUUGCCGAUUCGGAGCUUGUCGGAUCUUUUUGCUGCUGCAUUAUUGGAAUGGAGGAAGCGGAGCAAUCAUUGGAGCCGAAGGAAGAUAGAUUGAAAGAUGUCACUGGUCCACCUGAUGGUGCAGUUGUAAAAGUUUCUACUGAGGUAUGGAAUGGGAAUGGAAAUAUGAUGGAAGAAGUAAGGCAUUAUGGAGAUGAAAAUAAUGUUUCUGAAGAGUUGAAGGCAGCGGCGGAGGUGAAGUGUCUGGGGGAUGUAAAGAAUGGUGAAGAUGAGAAGAAUUUGCAUGAAUUGAAGGUCGGAGAGGAGAUGAAUGGUGUUAAACAGAUUAAGAAAGGGGAAGAAGAUGAAAAUAUUAGGGAAACCAACAUAGUGGUUGAAAAUGAGGCAAGGUGUCUGGGGGAUGUGAAGAAUGGUGAAGAUGAGAAGAAUUUGAAUGAAUUGAAGGUCAGAGAGGAGAUGAAUGGUGUUAAACAGAUUAAGAAAGGGGAAGAAGAUGAAAAUAUUAGGGAAACCAACAUAGUGGUUGAAAAUGAGGCAAGGUGUCUGGGGGAUGUGAAGAAUGGUGAAGAUGAGAAGAAUUUGAAUGAAUUGAAGGUCAGAGAGGAGAUGAAUGGUGUUAAACAGAUUAAGAACGGGGAAGAAGAUAAAAAUAUUAGGGAAACCAACAUAGUGGUUGAAAAUGAGGCAAGGAAAGAUGCGGUUGGGGAUGAAAAGGUGGCUGGGGAUUCUCAGGAUUUGCAGGAAAAGAAGGAUUUUGAAAUAUCCAUUGGCGAGGAAAAGAAGAUGGAAGUUCAUGUUCAGAAUGGUACUGAGAUGAAAUUUAUUGUGGAAAGGGUGGAGGAUGAAGCUGUGGAGGAGGAUGUAAAAUACAGCAAUGAGAAGUAUGUCCAUGGAGAUGUUGAAGCUAUUGGAGGGAAGAGUAAGGAAGAAGGCAGCAGCGUGGUAGAUGAUAUCUCUGUUAAAGAGCUGGAGAAUGGUGAAGAUGAAGGUGGUGUGGAAGGGAUGAAAGUUGAUGAAAAUGGCAAACCUACAAGUAGUGAGAGGGUUGAGGAUAGUGUUUUGAUACAAGUUGAAGAGGAUGAUAGAGAGAAGGUUAGAAAGGAUGCCAGGGACAUGGAAAUGGUGGAAGCUAAAGAUGUGGUAGAGGAAGAAGCUCUUCAGGCAAAAGAUGAGGAAAGGCUUGCUGUAAGGGAAAGGGAAGAAGAUGAAAAGGAUAAUGGUGAAAAUGCUGGCAAGAUUGUGAGUGAUAAUGAAAAAGUGGAGUCUUUGAAAAGGAAAAGGAGCAGAGAUCGACGAACUUCUGAAACAGAUGAAGCUAAGAAAGAUGGCGACACCGAGGAAAAUGUUGAAGAAUUGGAGGUAAAUGGAAGUAGAAAGAGGUCUAAAGAGGUAUUGAGUUCCCCUGUGGGCUCCUCCAAUGAACGUCCUGUGCGUGAAAGGAAAACCGUUGAGAGGUUAGUAGAAGUUAUUGAAAAAGGGCCGGAUAGCACUGUUAUCAUAGAGAAGGGUCGAGGAACUCCAUUGAGGGAAAUACCUAAUGUGGCGUAUAAGUUGGCUAGAAAGAAGCCUGUAGAAUUGAAAUUUCUACAUCAGACACUUUUUGGAAGAAAAGGAAAGGCGGCCGAUUUUAAGAGCAAUCUUUUGAGGUUUUCUGGAUUUGCUUGGCAUGAAAGUGAGGAGAAACAAAGAGCUAAGAUAAAGGAGAAGCUGGACAAGUCUGUAAAAGAAAAUUUGUUGGAGUUGUGUGACUUGUUUGAUUUGUCUGUAUCUAAAACGAAUGCUAGAAAGGAUGAAAUAAUUAUGAAGGUUUUGGAUUUCUUGGAAGCUCCUCAAAAAAUGAGCGAUGUCAUGCAUGCUGAAAAGCAGUUAUCUAAAUCUCGAAAGAGGUCAAAGAGCUCGGGGAACAAUUUUGGAAGAAGGUCUAGGCAGAGGCAUGAAAAGACUGAGGACACGCGAAGUUCAGAUGUAAAGAGUUCACAUAAUGGCAAUGAUGACGAGGAAAACGAAGUUACAGAAGAAGACAAUAAUGAAGAUAAAGACUCGGAAAAAGCUCCAAAGGAAGAUGAAGAGAGUGAUGCAGAGGAGAAGGAAUCAGAAGAACCAGGCGGUGAACGGGGAGAUGAAACCAAGUUUGAUGGUGACUUUAAAAAAGAAAAGCAACUGAAGAAAUCUCCAAAAUGGAAAGAAAAGCAGGAUGUGAAGAACUCUCUCCCAAAACAGGCCUCUUCUGAUUCUGUGAAGAGGAAGAUUGGGAGCGACUCCAAAAUAUCCUCCACAAAAAUUGAUGGCAAGAACUCUUUGAAGACGCCGCCGUCCAAAAAUCCAAAGUCUAAGAAAAUUGGUGAUACCGGCGAAAAUGCAUUGUCAAAAAAGAAGGAUGCUGAAUCACCUAAUAAAUCAGAUUCAAAGUCAAAUUCAAAGGAGAAACCUUCUGUUCGCGGAAAAGCAUCCAAGGGCAGGGCAAAAUCUGGAAGAGCGCAGAAAUCCGGUCCCACUAAAGCAGAGCUGAGGAAUUCUAUAUGUAGGAUCCUCAAGGAGGUUGAUUUUAAUACGGCUACAUUUACAGAUAUACUUAAUCAACUUGCUUCAGAGUACAAAAUAGAUCUCACUCCAAGAAAAUUUGCAAUAAAACUAAUGAUCCAAGAGGAGCUCACCAAGUUGGGUGAUGAGGAAGAAGAAUACCAAGAAGAGGAUUGAAAUCCCUUAUAUAUAUAUAUAUAUAUAGAUGCCUUUAGACUGUAGUUUUUAGAUGAGGGAAUUGUAGGAAGAAUACCAAGAAGAAUACCAAGAAGAAUACCAAG